AUGCUGCAGCGGCUGCGCCACGCCGUGGGCUGGGGGCUGCCUGCUCCCCCACCCGGUACGAGGGUGGACUUCCAGGUGUGUGCACCGCUGGGUCAUGGCCAGACGUUGUGGCUCGUAGGGGAUCUGCCAGCUUUGGGAGGAUCUGUGGAUGUGGUGCCCAAUACAGGCGGGGCAGGAGCCGAGGGCGGUCUACAACUAGUCACGACACCCGAUCUGUACCCUAUUUGGUACAAUUUAGAGCCCGUUUUAGCGCCCGCGGGCUCCGUAGUGCGCUAUCGCUAUGCUGUAUGCUCUGGCAGUCGCUUUUUACGCUAUGAGGGCACAGCCGAGUCCGGCCCGGUCACCAGAGAGCUCACCGUCGGUGCUGGCUACGUACAGACACAGGAUACACUGGAUGGCCGGCCUAGACGUCGCUCCUCAGUCUGCAGCGACGACGAGACCGCUGGAACCUCCACAGUCGUCAAUUCUGACGCUGAUCAAACAGCCGACGCGAGCGACGAAGAUGUCGCCCCUCCUGCGUUUUGGGGGGUUAUCCCGCGACUCAGUUCAGGUCAGGCUUUUGUGGAUCGACGUGCCAACGGGAGUGAAGAUGGAGGCGGUACAUUGCAUCGAAAUAACAGACGCCCACCAGGAUCUGGCAGACUGUUGACGGACGUGGCUAGUCCGACGAAUUUAACACCCACGUCUCCACGACCGACAGCCAGUAGUAACGUGACGAUGGAGGCGACGGAUGGAGUUAUUAUCGCUGUUCACCGACUGCCCGUUCUUGUGCAUAGAACCCCAGAAGGUCACUACCAUAUCGAAUGGGAAGAUGACAACCUCAUCUGUCCCUCUGGACUGCUGAAAGACUCGUACCGUGAAGCCAAUUGGGACCGUGUGAGCUCCAUGAGAUUAACAUGGGUCGGUACCGUUCACUGUGCUGAGCCCAUCCCCAAGGAAGACGAAGAGCGACUAGCCAAACAACUCGAGGACUUCCACUGCGUUCCUGUGUUUCUAUCGGAGCCUCUGGGCUCGACGUUUCACAAUUUCUGUUAUGGUACGCUCUGGCCUGUCUUUCACAACAUCGUGGAUGUGUAUGGAGCUCUCCCUACGCGCUGGUGGAACCCUAGCCAGCAACGCAAUGCCUGGGCCAGCUACAAGACAGUCAACCGGAUCUUCGUCAACAAGGUCAUUGAAGUCUACAAUGAAGGCGAUUUAGUAUGGGUACAUGGCCUGCAUCUCCUGGUAGCGCCGAGUUUCCUGACACGUCGUCUGCCCUGUGUCAACGUCGGUAUCUUUUUGCACACGCCAUUCCCAAGCUCUGAGAUCUUCCGGACUUUGUCAAUGCGCGCAGACUUAUUGCGUGGUGUUCUGGCAUCGGAUCAUAUUGGUUUCCACUUGUACGAGCACGCCCGUCACUUCUUGACGAGCUGUCGUCGCAUUCUCGGCCUCAAGUACAGCGCUCAGCCUGGCGGCUACAUUGGCGUGGAGUAUAAUGGCCGCAUGGUCAUGCUGACUAUCAGUCAUAUCGGUAUCGAGCCUUCAUUCAUGGACAGGAUUAAUUCUAGCGUCCAAGUGGAGCAGGAUACAGCAGUGCUUGCAGCUAAGUACGAGAGCAGCAAGCGGAAGGUGUUUGUGAGUGUGGAUCGCGUGGAGAGACUGAAGGGAAUUUUACUUAAGCUUGGAGCAAUCGAGUUUUUCCUGGCGCAGCAUCCAGAGUACGUGGAUAAGGUGCAGCUCGUGCAGAUCGGUAUCUGGGACUCGUCCAAUCCAACCCCAGAGAAGGAUAGUGUCCGCGCAGAGAUCUUGGCGCAUAUGAAGCGUAUUAACGACCGCUUUGGCGUCAACCGCAACGAGCCAGUUUUUGCCUAUUCCGAAGUGGAGAACACGGACAUGGCUUCUAGAUUGCCGCUCUGGCGUGUGGGUCAUGUGCUGCUCACUACUUCAGUGCGUGAUGCGGUGAAUUUGUAUCCGUUUGAGUUCAUAUACGCUCAUGAACUCGCCAAGUCCCCAGGUGUUGUGGUUGUGUCCGAGUUCUCGGGAAGUAGUCGCGUACUGACAGGCAGUGUGGCUGUAAACCCAUGGAAACGUGAUGAGAUUAUUCAGGCGAUGGAGCUGGCAUUGACGAUGUCGGACGAAGAGCGCGCUGCGCGUCAUAAAAAGGAUCUGGAGUAUAUUACGACAAACUCGCGGACGAAAUGGGCGGAGCGUAUCCUGGUGGAUCUCAAGCGGACGAAGAAGCAGACUGCGGAGGGCGAGUACAUGGGGUACGGUCUUGGAUUGGGCUUUCGAAUGCUGGAGUUUAACGCCGGCUUCAAGAUGCUGGAGACGGAUGUUGUUGCCAAAGCUUAUCGCGAGACUUUCCGUCGUGUAAUUUUCUUUGAUUACGGCAACACGUUGACAUCGGAAGAACCUGCUGGCACUCACAACUUCUCCAAGUACAUUACGGGCAAUGAGCAGAACGCUUUUGUGUCCAAAACGGAGACUCCCAAGGCCUCGUCGGAUCUUUUGGCCUCGUUAACACUGCUGUGUGCCGAUCCACGUAACACAGUGUUCGUACUUAGUGGAAAAGAGCGCUUGGAUCUGGAGAAAACCCUGGGCUCAGUGCGUGGUUUGGGUCUUGCUGCAGAGCAUGGAUACUUGUACAAGUGGGGGACUGGAGGUAAUGCUAGUGCUGGUAGCAUGGCUGCACAACCGUCGAGCAGUAGCAGCUCCAACAGUAUGGCAAGCGAAGUGGAGGAAGGAGUUUGGUUGUGCACGAAGGACAACUUUGAUGACUCGUGGAAGGAUGUGACGCACGCCGUCAUGGAUAUUUAUACGCAACGCACACACGGCACGUACAUUGAACUGAAAGGCAGUGCGCUGCUAUGGCAGUACCGUGAUGCUGACCCGGAGUUUGGCCAGCUGCAAGCGAAGGAGCUGCACGAUCAACUUCUGCAGGUGUUGGAGCAUUUCCAAGUGGAAGUGGUGACGGGUACAGACUAUCUCGAAGUGCGGCCGGAGGGGGUGGACAAAGGUGUGAUUGUAGACCGCGUUCUGUCCACCAUCGAGUCUACCAGUGGACAGUAUGUCGACUUUAUCUUGUGUAUGGGGGACGAUCUGUCGGACGAGUUCAUGUUCCAGUAUCUUGAGGACGUGCGCAGUCGACGCAACAUGUUCACAGUGACUGUGGGCAAGAAGCCCAGUGCAGCUAAGUACUUUGUGAACGAUGUGGACCAAGUCAUGGAGAUUGUCCACGCGAUGACGAAGGUAUCGACGGCUGCCAAGCGCAAUUUCUCCAUGAACGACUUGCGACUAUUCGACCGCAACGCUGCAACCAGUGGGGGACUGUUGUCGUUCCAGCGUAAUGAGGCGGGUCUGAACCGGCCGUCGGGUAACUUGGGCUACAUGGGUGACGGUAGCUUUGAAGGCAUGAUGUCGUCGCCUUUCGAGGGUCUGGGCGAGGGCGACGAGGCUGCAACAUCCGAAGAAACUCCGCAGACAAGGACAACAAACUCACUGGCUGGUCGUGGUAUUGCUGGUAGAAGUUUAGGGGGUGGUUUGGGUGGAGCCAUGACUGGACGCAACUCGAUGUCCAUGAGCUCGUUAUCUACGGCAGGGAUGCCCUCGUUGCACCCCACGUCGUCCACUUACGAGCAAUAUCUGAGCAACGUCGACGAGGCAGCGGAAGAAGAGGAAGGAGGCAUUUUCUUCUAAGCUUGCGACCAUUAGACAAAAC